AUGCGGGUGGGUGUCGAGGGCCAGAGGGGAGCCAAGGCGUCAUGCCAGGACGUCGAGCCGGGACAUCGAGCUUUACAAGAAGGCUCGAUCUCGUCCGCUAUCUCUCUCUUCCAUCCCUACCUCAUACUCUCGACUUCCCCCUUUCCAGCCCCCAUCCAACACAAUAUGCGCUUUACCCUCAAGUUCGCUACCCUCGCGAUUCUCUUCGUCGCCAGCCUGGCCGUUGCUAGCGUCGAGGCUCAGACCAAGCGUAUGGACAUCGAGAAGAACGUCCCUGGCCCGUCCCUGGCCGAUAUCUCUGGCAUGGGAGACGCCCACCUCACUCCUAAGCUGAACAGCUUCAUGGCCGACGGAGGCCCCGUCCACGGCUCCUGCCGUGACUGCUCCGGCGAAGCUACCGCACGCGACACCAAGAAGGCCCUCAUUUGCCUCAGGUCUAUCCUCAACAACUACGAGCCUGACAAGCAAUGGAAAGAAAUCGCGAAAAUCUACUAUAACCACGACAAGAGGAACGACGUCUACUCCGCGUUUGGAGGAUUCGACUUACCGAACGCUCAGUACUAUCGCUCCCAAACCAAUGCUGGCACCGGGUUUGCCCGCUUCGAGUACGACUGCGAGGGAGACGGUUCUGCGGCUUUGGCCUGCGACUCGUGCAAGGAGAACAAUCCUUCGUCGGAGACGAGCAGCACCCCCAGUAUCGUCACGGAUAACACCAAGGAUGGUACCAAGCACCAUGAAGACGGGGAUCCCUCGGUGAACAGCGUGAUUGAGAAUGUGAUUGGGGUAAACGUGGGCUGCGGCGACCACUGUGACGAAGGGAGCAAGAAGAAGUGA